AUGUUUAAUCCUUAAUUAGACUUUCUGUAAAAUAAUUUUUAAACCAGAGAUGUAUAAAGGUCAGCACCUCUGAUAAUGAUUUGUUAUAAUAGUAAAACGGGAUUACCUGUUUAAUUAAAAUAGGUUUAAUAUACUGUUAAUAUAUAACCUGGUUUAGCAGUUGUGGAAAUAAAUCAAAUGUAUUCAACAGAAUAACAAAUGGAUCAAUAUGAAUUAGAAUACUUAUUUACAAUAGACCAUAAUUCUGCUGUAACUAAGAUGAUAGUUGAACUUGGCGAUAAAAAGCUCUAUGGAAUAGUAAAAGAAUUAGAGGAAGCAAAAUAAGAUUAUAAAAAGGGAAUAUAAGCAGGAAAGACUAUGAUAUUUUGUGAAGAAGAUUAAAAAAUACCGAAUAUAAAAAAAGUAAAAAUUGGUUGUUUGAAUCCUGGUAAAUCAUUAAAAAUUUAGUUUGAAUACAUCUAACCAUUAAAAGUGUUUCUUAAUUAAUUUUGGAAAUUAGAAUUGUAACCAAUGAUAGAUACAAAUUAUUUAGCAAUUAAUGAAUUAUAAAAUACUGAUGAUGGGUAUGCUGAACUAUUCUCUUUUAUUUAAGAGAACGUUUACAUUUCGACAAUGAAAUUAAAUUACAAAUAAAAUAUUUCCAUAGUAAUUAAUAUGGGAAAACCUAUUACAUAUGUUAAGUCUCCAACACACUCGAUAUUGUUUCAUUCUAAAAUUAAUAUGAAAGAGAAAUAAGUUAGUUUAUAAUAUCCAUAAGACCAGUUAAAUAUUUCCUUAGAUAUAGAUGAUCCAGAAAAUUUCAAACCGAAUAAAAGGUUUGAAUUAUUAUUUUCAUCAUAACAUAUUAAUGACCCUUGUGCAAUACUUAGCCAUACUAAUAAUGAUGCUUUAUAACAUAUUAAAUAUUGCGCUACUUUAACCCUCAUUCCAAAAUUCAAUGAAUUCCCAAUAGAUGAUGCUUAUCAAUCUUAUAUAAAUGGUUUAAAUUUACCUUAACAGACAUAAAUAUAAAGAGGUAUUUUUCUAUUUUUUAUUGAUCGAAGUCGUUCAAUGAGACGCAAAAGAAUUAAAAGAGCAAAACAAGCGUUGAUAUUAUUUUUAAAGAGCCUUCCUGAAGAUUGUUUGUUUAACAUAAUUUCAUUUGGUAGUCAAGUAAAAAAAAUGUUCGAUUAAGCACAAACAUAUAAUUAAACAACUUUAGAUUAUGCAAUAAAUUAAGUUAAAGAAAUGGAUGCGGAUUUGCGUGGAACUGAUAUAUAUAAUGCAUUGGAAUAAGGCAUUUAUGAUGAAAAUUAUUUAAAGAAUAAACACAGUCCAGAAAUUCUGAAUGCUUUUUUACUUACUGAUGGAAAGGAUUCUCCUGAAGAGAUCAUUCAAUUAGUAUCUUAAAAUAAAAGACCUGAAACUCGAAUUUAUACAUUAGGUAUUGGGAAAGGUAGCUGUGAUUAUUUAGUCUAAAGAAUAGCAGAAGUUGGAAAUGGGAAAUGCUAAUUAGUAAGACAUAAGGAUGAUAUGAAUUUGAAAGUUAUUGAUUUAUUAGAAGAUUCCCUAAAUAGUUAUUUGAUGGGAUUUUCAUUAAUACAUAAUAUUGACUAGGUAUCUUAAAUUAUUCCUGAUCCAAAAUCAAUAACUUAUUUGAAGAAAAAUCAAGAAUUAACUUUACAAAUUUUAUUUUCAAAUAAACAUAAAAAGGAUAACUUAGAAUUCAAGAUUAAUUGUUAUGACCCAUAAAUGAAUAAAUAAAUCACUUUCGAUGUUAAGAUGAAUCUAAAAAGUUCGAAAGAAAAUGAAUAUUUCCAUAAAAUAGCUGCUCAAAGGCUCAUAAUAUAUUAUGAAAACUCAAUUUCUUAAAAUGCUAAACAAAUGGAUAUGAUUUUGAUAAAUUAAAAAACCCUUACAGAGAUGGAUAUAAUCAAUUUGUCAAUAUAAAAUCAGAUUUUGUGUUCGAGCACAGCAUUUAUUUGUGAGGUCUGCUAAAAUGAAAAAAAGCUUAAAGCACUAAUAAAGAAAAAGCUCAUCAUUAGAAAAAGAGUCGAAAAUAUUUCAGAAACGAAAUUUCAGCUUUAAGGUAAUAAUGAAUAUCAAUAUGUCUAGAUUACUGUGUAGAUAUGAUAAAUUAACCUUUAGACAUGGUUAUUCCAAUUAUGAAUUAGGAAAAUAAUGAAAAUGGUAGAAACUCUGAAGAACUAAUGUUAGAUCCAAUACGUUUAAUAAAAGUAAAAGAAGAAGAUUAAAAUAACCUCAUCAUCUCAUCCUAAUUCUUAGAUUAAUACAACAAAUAACAGAAAAAAUUUCUUCCUAAACAAAGUAUUUAAUGUGUUUUAUAGCCAAAAAUACUUUAUGAGGAUUAAAAUAUAUUAUCAUAUUAAGACUUAAUUGAAUGUGUAUAAGCAAAUGGUAGUUUCCUUAUAGAAAUUCAUAUUGAAGAAUAACUAAAGUUAUACAAAAUAAAUAAUAAAUAUAAAUUAGAAGAUUCAUGUUGGGCAACAGUUAUUUCUCUUUUUUAUUUGGAAAUCUUUUGUUAAGAUUUAAAGAGAUGUUGGUAAUUAAUUUAUAAUAAAGCCAUAUAUUAUUUAUAAAAGAAAGGACUUAAUUAUUAAAAUAUCAAAAUAGAGUGCAUUUAAAAUUAUCAAAAUCUAUUUUUGAAUGAUAAAAUUUGA